AUGUACUCAACAGAGAGACAUGUCAAGUCUAUCUGGGUUGACGUGCUGAAGCUCGAUGGUUCUGACUAUGCCACCGAUAGUGCAGUUGGUCUUCUGGGCAAGGCAUUAAAGCAACUACGUGACGACUACGAAUUUGAGCUCAUCACCUGUGCGCCAUCAGGUAUUUUCGGCGCCAAAAGUUCAACCGCGCUAUGGGCUCCGGCUGAGUAUCUCGACGACAAGAACGAGAUCCAGUCAGCAGCCGAGCUGUACAGACCGAUCUACAAUUGUGGGAAUUUCAUUCCCAUGACUAACGGUUCCAUCUGCCUUCGACGUACAGACAGAGAAAGCCGUCCACUAUCCUGCGAUGCCGAAGACUGCAAACGCUACUUACGCGACCACAACAUUUCUCGUGCUUAUGAAUUGAGUGACAUGAUGCGGGCGAUAAGGAAAGAUUGGUCCCGAGGUGUGUGUUACAGAGUAGAUCAAAGGCCUAGGGAGGCAUCCUCAAAAUGCAAGUUGAUGAUUUCCAAAGUCGAGCCAUUUAGAUCAUGCGGGAAUGACUCUGAGUAUUCAGGUCAGAUUGUUCAGAAAUUGGAAGAAGAGGCACAUCUCAAUCCUAGCACGUUGAACGCUAUUUCCAAAUUCAUGGGCCAAAAGUCGGAGCUGCCAAAAACCGACAAAGCUGAUGAUCCUCUUGGUGCCCUAUAUGCAAUUGGUGCAUAUACGAUUGGCCUAGAUCACGACAGUUGCAACAGGGAGGGGCGAGAAUUGAGACUCAUGAUUCAUCCGGAGAUGAAAUGCAUCAGCAUGUUCAGGCGCAGCGUCCUACCAGAAACACCUAGAGGACAACAGGACAAGAACGAAGCUCCGGUUAUUCGCACAGUCAAGGUAUCGAAUAGAGACAACGAAUUUGUCCUAUACGAAGUUAUGCAUGUCCCAGGAACCUUCAAGCCGGAGAAGUACCAGGUGUUCGGUGUGUGGUUUCCGAUGAAGCCCAAUUCCAAGCUCGAAGAUCAUAUGUUUGCGAUUGCCAAAAAAGAUGCUAAAGAUGCACUUAUUAUAUAG